GCCCACAAUAACCUAAAUAAGACAUUUUGCGUUGCCAUUUUAGAGACCGUGAAUUAAAGUCGACUGCGGCUCAUUUUCAUGUCACCACUGACGCCCGGGUUGGUAUCUAGUCACGAUUCCGCUCCUAUGGAAAUUGCAGGAUCCGGUGGUUUUAGGUUUCCCCGUUGUUCCGUCCUGUAGGUUAGGUGACGACCAGAUUCUCAAACUCCACUAACAGAAACAACCGCUAUUCAUCUCGUCAUUUGUAACUACCUACCUCCCUAGGUACCUUAUUCAACGGUCACACACCCCAGAGUGAUUCAAUACUUGCUUGGUAGCCAGGCAUUUCAUUCAUAGAUCGACCAAGUUUCACAGGUAGGUCAGAUACAGACCAAGUGCCUACCUCAAUCGAAUCUUCGAGUAGCGCGACAUUGUCAUUUUCGCGUAGGCCGUCUUUCGCUCUGUGACCUACACUUUCCGCACUCUGCUCGAUUACCUGGAGGGUCUGUCUUUAGAACUUUGCCUCCAGAGCUGGGUUUGCUGUUGCUCCUGCUUGAACUUUCCGCUGUCUACGGAUUCGUCCGUCCGGCCAUCCCCGGGCGCCGUCAAAAGAACCAACAACGCUUUAAAUCGCAUCUUGCCCCCCUCUAAGCAAUGCAGCCUUUUGAACCCACCAGACCUCCCCCGCCAAACAUCUCACAUCCGGGCAUCAUGGCUAUUGAUAUAACCGACAAAUUCACUUCUGCCGUGGCGACAAUGUCGCCCGGCGAGGUGGUAAAAGAUGAUACCUUCCAUUUGUAUGACUCAGUUUCAGCUAUGGAGAUUAUGGACCGGAAAAUGGAUAGCGGUAUCCUAGACGAAGAUGAGUCGCUUGAUGAGGAGUACGAUGUAACAAGUAGUGUGCUUCCACAGGAGAUUCUCGGCAUCAUCGACGAACUUCUCUGUCUUGAAAUGGCCUGGCAUCUUGGGUAUCCUUUAUCGCAGACAAUCCUAACAAGCGUUCAUGUGGAUGCAUUAAUGAAUCCUGACCCAGCAACUAUACAAGAUGUAGAUUUUUCGAACAAGCCCUCUGGCCCCGGUCCAGAAUCAGUAAUGUUAUUGGUAUUGAGAGCGUACUGUGCCGGUCUAUUGAGAGCAUGCUUCUCUGUGAACGAGUUUAUGAAAGAAGAAAUGUCGUAUGAGGAAGAAGACUUCGUCACAAAUACCUAUGGGAGAGGCUUAUUAGGUAAUAUACCAGUACCAGACAUCAAGAAAUUGCUACUCGAUGCCAUCGCGGAGGUCUGUGCUGAGCGGAAUGGAUUUUCUCAAUCGAUUGGUGCCGCUCUCGUAUCUCGCCUUGAACUCCGAAUCGCGUUUCUCGAUGCCCUUGAUCUGGAUACCACAAGGAUGAAUCUUUCGGAAUUGCCGAGACUCCAUUGGACGCGGAUGGGAAAAUUCAUAGACGAAAUUGCAAAUCAACAUGGGCUGGGGUGGCCGGUGCCGGCGGCGUUCAGCACCAAGCUACAGAGAAGACUUACUAGUACUAUGCCACCACGUCCCAUGGUGAGUUUAGGCUUUCAGGAGUGCAUUUCACACUUCAGUCGUCUUUUCGAGGAUGCCCAUGAGGUUAUCGAUAUUCUUCAGUAUGAAGACCCUCAAAGCCUAUUGAACUUCAUCUUAUUGUUCCAACAAAAACAGCCACAGCCACUGGCUUUUAUCAGAACAAUGCUCCAAAAUCUUAUGUUUAAGGAUAUGGUGGUACUAGGUCGACUCAGUAUUCGCCAGCUCCUCGACCACGAUGUAUGCCUCAGUGUUCUUCCAUGCGGACCCCACUUCAACCAAUCAUUUGACUAUGUAGAGGCGCCAGAGGACCCUCGACACAAGAUAGCACAUGCUAUGGAAGAAUUUCGCCAACGAGUGGCCGAACCAUACCUUGACCUACUUUGUGUCCUCUGUCAAAACCGAUGUCGCGUUAGGCGCUUGCUGUGCCACCAUGUCCAGUCAUGGGACGCCCUGGAGCAAGAGGUUGCGGAGAUUGAAGACCGCAUAGACCAACAUAUCCCCACCAUUACAAGCGAAGAGUACCCUGCUGAAGAUCCCGAAUAUAAGCCACUGCGAAGCUGGAUUCGCUUCUUCAAGCUGCGGCAGCUGCAAUGGAUUGUGCAGCUCGGAUUCGAGCUUCGUAUAUACCAGCCUGAUGAGCUUGCAGAAAUGUAUCAUUGUUUAGCUUCAUUGGCCGUAUUCAUUAAGUUGGAAUGGAACCGAACUCGGCGUAUGACGGCGUCUCGGGAACAGCGCGCCCGGAAGUUUGUUGGAUUAUUAGAUGAUGACGAAUCCUUACCCACACCUAUCGGCGAAGAUUUUACGCGAUCUUCGCAGUACCAGCAGUUGAUGAUGCUGAAUGCCGCAUUCACAUCGUGUCUGUCUGAGGGAUUGCACCUCUUAUACCUAGCACUUAUGCGCCUAGGAUUUGUGAAACGGCCGCCACAACCCUACGGCACCGAUGCGUUGAGAUACGAGUUACGCAUGCGGCCUAUUAAGCUCGGAACCCCAGGGCUACCGCCUUACGAACUGGUCAAAAAGGAGGUAGAAAAGCCCGAAAUGAGUACAGAAGAGGUGUUAGGCCAAGCCGAGAAGACAAUUGGUGACGCUCGCCUAUUCGUCCGGGACUAUAUCAACUACAACAAGCAGGAGUCGUUCUCGGUCAAUCCUACGAGUCACUCAUACUGGGCCAAAAGUGUCCGCAGUGACAUGCACGCUACUAUCUCAGCAGGCGUGGCGAUUGGAAUGCUGCAAAAGGCUUUGAAAGAAAUGGAGGACAAAAAAACGAACUGCUCAACUAACGGGGUUACCCUUGGUCUGAAGGUGACGAUUCCGGAGUCUGGCGACAGUAAUUCCAACCGGUGGAUAGUACCCACGGUAACACGUAAAUCAACUGAUAGCACAAAUUAGACAGAAAAUUUAAUGGAUCAGUAAGGAAAAUAGGCUUAAUUAAAUCAAACAUUAUG